AGUCGGUCCGCAUUAUUUACGUGCAGUGGCGGUUACUGAACAGUUGUUCCAGCAAAUAAGAAUGAGCCGGUGGUUUUAAGAUUUUAACACAUUUCAGAUUUGUGUACGGUACCUAACAGAGGAUAUCUGAGAUAAAAAAAAAUUACAUAUUGCCUUAUGGUGUGAGAGAGCUUUUUACACCAUGGACAGCAGUAAUCAGUGCUCUCGCAGUGAGGGGUAUGUAGACCCAUCCAGUCUUGUUUCAGAAGAUGGGAAAAAUAUCAAGUCAGUGGUGUGCCAGCGUUGUGGAUCCAAGGUGCUCUGCCCAGGCAUGGCUGUAUUUGCUGAAAAGGAGCUGUUUCUGCCUUCGAUGCGAAAGAAGAACACCAUUAACCAGUCUGAUGGAACUUUAGAUGGGGAUACAUUAACAGCUCACUGGCUCGUAGAUGAUAUGUACACCUUUGAGAACGUGGGCUUCACCAAAGAUGUGGGCAAGGUGAAGUAUCUUAUCUGUGCCGACUGUGAAAUUGGACCCAUUGGAUGGCACAAUCUCGAUGACAAGAAGAGUUUCUAUGUAGCACUGGACAGAGUUAACCAUGAGUAGAGUGUUUGAUCUUGAUGUUGGUGUAUGUGUGCUACAUACCCUAAAUGCUUUCAUGAGAACACCUUUUAGGCCAUAGAUUCAAAUAACCAUUUUUAAUUAGCAGCCUGCUGGGACUACUGUUUCAUACUGGACAAGUCUUUUUGGUUAAUUUUUUUUUUUAGGUGCAUUUUGUCAUUUUUUUCUUUGUGGUAAUGAAUUUUUAUAUUAAACACUCUUGACUGUGUUACUCUGUUGUUAAUUACAAAUCAUUUCCAUUAAUAACUAAUUAUUUGAACAAUGAUGUGAAGGAGUUCGGUAAAAUGCUUUUUAACAUUCCCAAACGUAAGGCCUCCUUGCUGCAAUAAUAACCUCUACUGCAAAACUGGUAAACAUUGCUAAAUGUAUUUUUCUUUUAAGAUCUUGAUGGACUCCUGCAUAAAGAAUGGUGUGUUUGCUAUACUCAUCUUUUCACAUACUUUACUAUACAUACUAUAAUAUACUAUAACAUAGUAUUUUAUAGUAUAACAUACUAUAAAAUAGAAUUCACUGUGUGAUAUGAGACAGCAUUCUGAACUCUGACACCAUCAGACAAAUCAUGAUAAAUAACACCAUAGUCUCUAUGUAGUAGAGGAGACUUAUUCAGCAGAAAGCCUCUCUAAUCCUCAAUAUGGAUCUUGAUGUAAGUUUUUAAAAAUCAUAUCGAACGACUCCUGUUUAUGAAGGCAGAAGAAAGGAAAAAGUACUUGUUAAGUAUUGGAAUCUUCUUUAAAAGUUUUGCAGUUUUGAGCGUGGAUGAAUAAACUGAACACGAAUCA